CAGCAUCUCCACUUUUACAGGCACGCUGAGAAGGACAAGCUCUGGAUUCCUUUCAAACCUUCCCGUUAAGAUUCAAAGAUGAAGACACUUCAGAGAAAUAUGAGUGUAUUCCAGCAAACCAAAAUUCUGUUGUGGAAAAAUGUACUUAUCAAGUGGAGGAUGAAAAUGCAGAGCUUUCAGGAGUGGAUGCUCUCUCUGCUCUUUCUGCCGCUGAUGUUCACAGUGUGCACGUUCAUGAUGAACAUCCGCUACCCCGAAGUGCCUUACAGCUACCUCGGGCAGUUAGAUGAUCCUGCCUACGAUGCCACUGGGGUCACCAUCGCUUUUACACCCAUCACUGUGACCACAAGGCAGAUAAUGAAUAAAGUGGUCUUGAACUCUGUAAUGAUAGGUAUAAAACUAGAGGCACUGGACAAUGAGAGCGCCCUGGAGGAAGCCUGGAUUUCGAAUAAUGAAAUUAUAGCAAAUGAAAACUUUGGAUACAUAGAUAACUGUUACAAUUUCUCAUCGCGGUACUGUUACAGCCCAAGCUAUUGGUACAAAGGCUUCCUGUCCCUGCAGUCCAGCAUCGAUGCUGCUAUUAUAGAGGUGGUGGCAAAUCAUUCUGUUUGGGAAGAAAUGAAAUCAAUUGCUGGUGUCCGUAUGAAGUCCCGGAGCGUCAUCUCCUCGAUUACACUCGAGUACAGUUAUUUCAUGAUUACUAUCGUGAUGUGUUUCUCUCCGUUCAUGUAUUUCUUAUCAAUGAACGUUGUAAGAGAAAAGAAGAAGCUCAAAGUAUUGAUGAAGACAAUGGGGCUGCAGGAUAUUGCAUUUUGGCUCUCCUGGAGUCUGCUGUAUGCUGUUUACGUGAUGGUCCUCUCCUGCCUGCUGACAGUUCUUGUGAUGCAGGAUGCUUUCUACCUCAGCAGCUUCCCUGCGGUCUUACUGCUGUUUUUCCUCUAUGGCCUAGCAUGUAUCCACCUGGUUUUCAUGCUCUGCUCCCUCUUAAGGACCUCCAAACUUGCCGGCUCCAUGGGGUUCCUCAUCACCUUUCUCUUCGGAUGCCUGAGCCUCGCGGUGCUGAUAGAAAACCUUCCAGAACUGUUGAAGUGGUUUCUCGGUCUCUUCUGUCCUUUUGCAUUUAAUGCUGGCAUUGCAAAGGAAUCAUACUUUUUAUUUUCGACUUACAUUAUGCUGGUCUUCGACUCAGUCUUGUACAUGCUGUUAGCUAUGUAUUUCGACAAAGUUCUGCCAGGCAAAUACGGCAUCCCCGAUCCCCCUUUUUUCUGCCUGAAGCCCUCAUACUGGGUGCGGAGCAGAAGAGGCUCCACCAGGGAGAUGCCCAGAACUGCAGUGAGCCCCGAGGAGCUCCUCAAUGAUGAUAUAGAGCCGGUGCCCCCCGAAUUCAUGGGGAAGGAGGCCAUCAGACUCAACAAUAUUAAAAAAGCAUAUAAAAAGAAGGACAAGAUGACAGAAGCUUUAAGAGGUUUGUCUUUAAAUAUUUAUGAGGGUCAGAUCACUGCCUUACUCGGCCACAGUGGGGCUGGAAAGACAACACUGUUAAACGUGCUCAGUGGACUCACUUUGCCUUCUGAAGGCUCUGCAACCAUAUACAAUUACAAACUCUCUGAAAUAGGAGAUAGAGAAGCGAUUAGAGAGAUGAUUGGCAUUUGCCCACAAUUCAACACGCAGUUUGAAGUCUUAACGGUGAAAGAAAACUUGAAAACUUUUGCAGAAAUCAAGGGCAUCAAGUCCAAAGAGGUAGAGCGAGAGGUUUUGUUCCUGGAUGAGCCAACGGCUGGGUUGGAUCCUCUUUCCAGGCACCAGGUGUGGAGCCUCCUCAAGGAGCACAGAGCUGGACGGGUGAUCCUGUUCAGUACCCAGUUCAUGGACGAGGCCGAUAUCCUUGCAGACCGCAAGGCUUUUAUCUCGCAUGGGAGGCUGAAGUGUGUCGGUUCUUCUCUGUUCUUGAAGAAAAAAUGGGGGAUUGGCUAUCAUUUAAGGAUCCAUGUCAGUGAGUCUUGUGACUUAGAGAACGUGACCUCUCUGGUUAAACAGUACAUCCCCAAUGUCAUAUUCUCAGGACACAGUCAAUAUGAGCUGAGAUAUAAACUGCCAUUAGAAAACGUGAAAAAAUUCCCAGAUCUGUUCAGUGGCCUCGACAGCUACUCUGACCAGGGAAUUAUCAAUUAUGGAGUCAGCAUGACAACCCUGGAGGAUGUCUUCCUGAGACUGGAGGAAGAAGCCACAGUGGAUCAAGAAGAUGAGCGUGUCCUUGGGGAGGAGUGGGCAGAAGCAGGACGGUGCCCCGAUGAGACGGAGCCUGGCUCCCUGCUGCUCUCGGACACCAGGAGGGCAGCAGUCGGUGGCUUGGCUCUCUGGAGGCAGCAGGUCUCUGCCAUGGCAUGGGUGCACUUCUUAAAGCUUAAGAGUUCAGUGAAAAACCUGCGGUCAAUUUUGCUGCUCUAUGUGGUUUUUCUGCUUCCUCUGGUUUUGCAACUGUCCCUGGUUGCUGCCUGGCAGAGUGCGAGCGUUUGGGAGCUCUCAUCUGCACGGUACUUCUUGCCCCUGGGGAAGAGGGCUCACUCGGACACAACCAGCCUCCUGGUCCACAACAACACGGGCGCAGGCAUUGAAGACUUCAUCCACACGCUCGAGAGCCAAGAUCUCACAGUGGAAAUAAAAAGCGAGGAAAAUAUCACAGAGGAGCUAAAACACAAUGGGGCUAUAAAAGUGUCUCGCAAAGGCCAGAGCUACAGGUUUACCGUGUUAUGCCACAUGGAGGCCGUCAACUGCUUCCCAGUGCUUGUGAACAUCAUUAGCAAUGCUCUGCUGAGAGCCCUCAAUUCCACCAUGCACAUUCGGAUCUGGAGUCAUCCAUUUUUCUCUAUAGAUGAUCUACAAUUCUGGGAUUAUUUUGUUUCUUUUUACCUCAUUUAUAUGCUGCUGUUAUUCCCUGGUUUUCCUCCUCACUUUGCAAUGGGCUACAUGCAGGAUUACAAGGUGGGAGCUCGUGCCCAGCUGUGGAUCUCGGGGCGCUUUCCCUCGGCGUACUGGUGCGGCCAGGCGCUGGUGGACAUCCCGCUGUGCUGGCUCCUUCUCUUCUCGAUGUUCGGGCUUCAGUUCGCAAUGAGUAACAAGAUUUCCUGGAGCAUCGACAGCCUCUUCUUGCUGAUCAUGGGUACUUUUGGCUAUGGAAUUUCUAUCGUUCUCUUCAUCUACUUGAUCUCCUUCGUCUUUCGCAAAGGAUGGAACAGUGAUUUUUGGUCUUUUAUCCUGAUAGUGGUAUGCUUUGUUUCUUAUAUCAUCAGCAGAGUCAUGGAUUUCUUAACUGGCAUUAGAGUCUCCCUCUACAUUUUGUCUCUCGCGAUUCCCAUGUACCCACUGCUGGGUGUAAUGAUCAACUGCCAGCAGAUUUUUAUAGAAGACGCUGAGAAUUUUGCCGUGACUCCAAGGAAUGAUGUACUAAUAGCUGUCUUUGCACCUUAUAUCCAUUCUGUGUUCUUCAUUUUUCUUCUUCGAUAUUUGGAGAUAAAAUAUGGAAGGGCAGUUCUGAGAAAGGAUCCAAUAUUUAGGAUUUCCCCAAGAAGAGAAAGCAGCCACCAGCACCCCGAGGAGCUCGAAGAGGAGGAUGAAGAUGUUAAAGCUGAAAGAGCAGCAGUGAGAAAUGCCAUAGCGGCUCCGAGUCAGGAGGAGAAAUCAGUCAUUAUUGUCAGCAAUCUAUGCAAGGAAUAUGAAAUAAAGCAAGCUGGUUCAUUUUUUAAGAAGAAGAAGAAAAUGGCCACCAGAAAUGUUUCCUUCUGUGUUAAAAAAGGAGAAGUAUUAGGACUUCUGGGGCCCAAUGGAGCUGGUAAAAGCACAGCUAUCAAAAUGAUUACUGGAGAGACAACACUGACUGCUGGGCAGGUGCUGAUGAAGAAGGGAGAUGGAGCAACCUCCCACCUCCAGGACCACGUGCCCGCCUUCCUGGGGUACUGCCCGCAGGAGGACCCGCUCUGGCCAGACCUCACCGUGCACGAGCACCUGUCCGCCGCCGUGAAAGGGGUGUGCAAGGAGGAUGCGGCUGCUGCCGUCAACCGAAUAGUGAAUGCUCUGCAGCUUCAAGACUAUUUAAAAAAAAAAGCCAGAAAAUUAUCUGCUGGGAUAACCAGAAAGCUGUGCUUCGCAAUGUGCGUGCUGGGCAACCCCGCGGUCCUGCUCCUGGACGAGCCAUCAACUGGCAUGGACCCCAACGGGCAGCAUUGUGUUUGGAAGAUGAUUCGUGCUGCCCUGAAAACCGAGGAGACGGGAGCCGUUCUGACGACGCACUACAUGGAGGAGGCGGAGGCGGUGUGCGACCGCGUGGCCAUCAUGGUGUCCGGGCAGAUACGAUGCAUUGGCUCCAUUCAGUACCUGAAGAACAAGUUUGGUAAAGGUUAUCUACUGGAAAUUAAAGUCAUGGACCCUGAGCGCACUGAUCUUCUCCAUGCUGAGAUUUUGAGGAUUUUCCCAAGUGCAGCCCGUCAGGAGCGGUUUCCCUAUUUUCUAGUCUACAAGGUCCCGAUGGAAGAUGCGCUGCCCCUGUCUCAGUCUUUCUCCAAGCUAGAGGAAGCCAAACAGAACUUCAACCUCGAGGACUACAGCUUCUCUUUGAAUACUUUGGUUCAGGUGUUUUUGGAACUCUCCCGAGAGCAGGAAAAGGAUAAUUUUGAUCCGACUUUGGAUGGGACUUUCGAAUGGAAACAAAUUCAGAAGGAGGGCUCGUACCAUGAAGAGGAGCAACAGGCUCUGCCUUUCCAGCGAGCAUCAGCUGAGGGCUCCUCUCCGAUGCAGAAGACGUUUCACCUGGACUCUGCAGGUGUCUACACUGACCCCUACCCCAAGUUGCAUUUCCAAUGGGUGGUUGAUGAAAUAGUGCCUGCACUGUUGGAGGACAUGUAUUUAGAGGGAUCAUGA